ACGUGCACACACAGGUACACACACACAACACACACUUUCUUUUAGUCCUUGUUCCUUGAAUUGCAGGCCAUUGCUGUUUAUGAAAGUCAGCUCAGAUUUUAGAUCUUCUGCCUUAAUUUAAUUUUAACAAGCUGUUAAACUUGUUAUCCAAUUUGUCUAAAUUAAAAUUUUAACUGUUUUCCUUGCUGAUAGCAUUUCAGUAAAUAUUGUUUUCCGCAUAUUUAAUUUCCUGGGUAGCGUCUACCCUUGGCCACAUAGACAAACGAGUGGAGGUCUGUUGGCCACACCUCCGGCCUCUGCAGCACCGCCUCUCCUCUCGGGGCUUCCCGUCCAUUUGCCGCCCGCCCGGGCGUCUGCGGUCACCCCAAUCCUGGUCCCGCCAGAGAGCCGACUGGUGACUCCUCUCCCUGAGAGUUUGUCGGCAGUUAGCUGAAACGCUUGCUGCUACAGACUUACCCUGGGUCCCACCUGUCCCUCAUCACGUGUGUGACCAGAAGACUCCCAAAGCUUCAAAGUCCAAAGAAAUGGUUUCUGCGACACAGUGACCCUGGGGAGGCUGCUGGUGAUGAGGCUGGGCGCGUUGGGGGCAACGGGGUGCUGCCUGGGGCUCCUAAGCGGCGGCGUGUGGGUUAUCGUCCUUUCCUUGGCUCGCUGGGCUGGUUCUGAUUUUCAGGGCGCAUAUUAUCAGGUGCUCUUUUCAAUUUUGAAUGAAUUCAUCAAUUAGCUGUUAGUUUCUGAGACAUUGUCUUUUGGUCAAGGCACCUAAAACAAAAACGGUACUGGGAAGCCCCAUUAUUUUAGUGAAUAAAAAUGUAAGUCGACAUUUUAAAUAGUAUGUUAAAAACGUACUCUAAUUGAGUAACAUUAAGUUUUUCUUAAAGUAACACUUGCUUUCCAUGUGUGGUGACAUCUUCGAAAUGUUAACAUUGAGAGGCAGAGGCUAAGUUACCACCAGCUGCAUAUGGUUAACCUUGCGAGCUCAGCAUAUUGGCUCCUCAUUGAAAAGGUGGUAUAUUUAUACGGUUUCAAACCCUGUACGCAAGUCACAUGAAGGUUCAGCCUAUUAUUCUGUGCCUCUAAAAAAGGAAGGGAAGCCCUUGCAAGGCAAAUCUUUUAGUGAAAAUUGAUUUCCAUCAUGUCUACGAUGAUAAGACAAUCGAUCAGAAGUUACCUGGAGGUCCGCGUAAUCUGUUUGAUGUGAUUUCUAAGCGACUCCAAGUUGGAGACACGCGGAGACCAACAUGCCGCCCAAGGGCUGUUGACCCACUAGCCUUGGUGGCACCUUCGCCUGCUCGCCGCCUCAGACAAUGUGACAUGAAGACAGCGAGCUGGUGGGGUGAGCAGCGUGUGCCUGGCUCUCACGCCCGGCUCUCAACGGAUGGAAGAAUGAGCAUGUUCUCUAGGUCAACUUUGCCCGUGCUCCCCGGGGCGAGGAGCUUUGGGACGCGGUUCCUUGAAUGGGGCUGUGAUGUAAAUAUCCAAAGCACGGUGCCCUCAGAGCCUUCCCAGACUCACCUCACCCCGGGGCACUCUUUCCACUCCCUCGUCCCUCCGUUCUUCUCUGAGCACCCCCAGGACUCAUGUCUAAGUGCCGGUCUAUUCCAGUGGUCCAGUCACUUGAUGCUAGAAUUCCCUAGGAAGCAACAGUUCCACGCUGGAAUGUGCAUUUGAAUAAUAAUGAGACUGUGAGUGCCCAGGUCAGUGAUGAAAGCAGACGUCCAGAGGACCCACAGAUCUCACCCACCACCAAAGUGUGUCAACGAUUCCAAAGAGACAGACAAGCACUAUGCACAGAGAAGCACCCCUUCCAUCCAUCACAGCUUACUAAGAAUGGGUGCUGGCUACAGCUUAACAGGAAGCACCGGGACAGUGCGUGUGAAAACACUGCUCUCAAGGCGCCUGGGUUCACCCACUCAUCGCACAGGAGGAAGCUGCCUGUGGCCCACUUCCUGUGGUUCUCCAGGGACCGUGCCCCAACAGUCCACGGAGCCCCGGUUUGUGUGCAGCAAGCCAUCCAGACACGCAGAUUCGCCUCGUCCUGUGAACUCUGCUGGAGAGCCAGGGACUUGAAGUCCCUUCCCUUCGACACCAGGCACGGGUUUCCGCCCAGGUCAAGCGUCACGAUGAACGUGGAACCAAAGAAUUCCACCAGCCCCUACGAUGACUACUAUUUGGAGUCAAGUAGCACUGAGGAUUAUCCUGAUGUCUUCGUAUGCAGCUUGCAGGAGGUCAGGGAGUUCUCCCGGCUGUUUGUGCCGAUCGCGUACUCCCUGAUCUGUGUCUUUGGCCUCCUGGGCAACACUCUGGUGGUGAUCACCUUCGCUUUCUACAAGAAAGCCAAGUCUAUGACUGACGUGUACCUCCUGAACAUGGCCGUGGCAGACAUCCUGUUUGUCCUCACGCUUCCCUUCUGGGGAGUCCACCAUGGCACCGGCCAGUGGAUUUUCAGCAACGUCACGUGCAAACUGAUGAAAGGCCUCUACGCCGUCAACUUCCACUGUGGGAUGCUGCUGCUGGCCUGCGUGAGCGUGGACCGCUACAUCGCCAUCGUGCAGGCCACCAAGUCCUUCCGCCUGCGGUCCAGGACCUUAGUGCACCACCGGGCCAUCUGCCUGGCCGUGUGGGCGGUGUCCAUCCUCAUCUCCAGCCCCACCUUCAUCUUCAGCCAGAAGUACAACAUGCAGAACAGGGACGUCUGCGAGCCCAGGUACCACCCGGACUCUGAGCCCGUCCACUGGAAGCUGCUGGUGCUGGGGCUGCAGCUGCUAUUUGGCUUCUUCAUUCCGCUGGUGUUUAUGAUGUUUUGUUACCUGUUUAUCAUCAAAACCUUACUGCACGCCCAGAACUCUAAGCGGCACAGAGCCAUCCGCGUGGUCAUCGCCGUGGUGCUCGUGUUCUUGGCUUGUCAGAUCCCUCACAACGUGGUGCUGCUGGUGACCGCUGCCAAUCUGGGCAAAGUGAACCGAUCCUGCAACAGCGAGAAGCUGAUGCGUUACACCGAGAACUUGACCGAGGUCUUGGCCUUCCUGCAUUGCUGUCUCAACCCUGUGCUGUACGCAUUUAUCGGUCAGAAGUUCAGAAGCUACUUCCUGAAGAUUAUGAAGGACCUGUGGUGCGUGAGGAGGCCACAGAAGGCCACAGGCUUCUCCUGCUCCAGGCUGUACUCCGAUACCUUCAUCUCCAGACAGAACAGCGAGACCGUGGACAAUGACAACGCGUCUUCCUUCACUAUGUGAUGCGCCUUGGGAAGUGCUGUGGACGUGCACGGCGAGGAAGAAACACGGCAAAAGCCCCCUGUGCCCACGGGACAGGACCGCACUACUGUCGGGCUGCAGGGGUGCGCGGGCUCUGAGACGCAGCGUUUCCCAGAUUUCCUUCUCCAGAAACACUUGGGGACUCUGCAGCCUCUUACAGCUGGCAGUCCCCAAAACAUCCUCUGGGAAAGACUGAAUUAAAGGGAAUUGUUUACAUGCAUGAACAUUUUCAGAAAUAGUUACAAAGCAGUCCUAGACUCCAAUUUCUUGUGGUCACAGCAGAAAGCCACAUGGGUUGAAAAACAAAAAAAAA